AGCUGUCGCCCUUUGACGGUUGGUAGUCCGCGAUUUGCCCCGCCUACGCAGCGGACAAGUCUGGGAGGAAUGCAGGGGCCCAUGUACAUUUUGCCCCCUGGCCUUAGCCACGAUCUGUCUGUGGCUAUCGGAGCACCUCCGGGACUACCUCCGCCUCCGUGCCCAGGAGACGUGUUGCGGGCCUUUGCCCGGGCAGAUGUUGACAGUGUGGGGGACAGCUGCGCCGCCCCUCAGCCCUGGCGCCCGGACAGCCUGUCCACCAGGCCGAGCCUCUCCGAAAGCACCAGGUGCUCCACAGACGAGCCUGCAACGCCGCCUUCGCCGCCUACGCCGCCUACACCAGAAUCGAUAGAGCUCUUUGCUGGCGCACAUGCUGCAGCCAAGAGUUUGCUGCAAUUUCUGGGCCAUCGGUUUGAAGACGCGGCCAGUGAGGAGGGAUGGGUGACACAGUGGGGCCUACAGGCUGAUGAGGAGCUUCUGCCGAUCCUUUGGGAGCUGGUCUCGCAGGAUAAGAAGAGAUCCAAGGCAAAGGACAAGGUCGGCAACUGCGUCCGCUGGUGGGCCAAGCCGACCAGCCCUUUGCUCUGCCCUCUUUCUGGGUUCCCCACUUGCCUUCUGCCGUACCCGCCCUUCAAGCUCCGCGUUGACCCCAGCCGCGCGACGCCCCACUGCCUGGUGGACGGCAAGUUCCUCGCCUUGCGCUGUAUCGUCACUGGGCAGUACGCUGCCUGUGGACGAGAACUUCAGGAGACUGACAUCAUCGCUCUGGAUGAGUAUGUUCAUCGCUGCAAGCUUGGCCCCUUUCGACCUAGCCGGGCAUUGGAUUUGCAGACCGCAGCCUCACAUGGGGACCAGAAAGCGGCGGAGGACUUGAAGCGGCUCCUGGCAGCGGCUCAUGCGGAGCUGGGCAAGUUGAAGCGCAUCCAGGAGAACCGCUUCGGGCAGAUCCUGCAGGAGGCGCAAUGGCACGCUACGCUGAAGAGGUGAGAGCCGGUGAGGCGCGCGCCUCGCAUCCCCGGCCGUGGAAUCAGCUUCUCACAAUGGGAUCGGCUCUUCCCAUAGCUGCCAGCCUAGCUAGCUACUAGGUCCAGUAGUGCCCU